AUGGAGGAGACGGUUGAUGCGGAGAUGCGGGACGUCCUGCGAAUGCGCGCAGCCGCCGGCUAUACUGCCGAAGACGAGAUGCCUGCUCCUUAUGUUGGUUCAGGUGAGUGGCCCCUCAGUCAGGAGCUGGUUCCCGUAGGCGUGUCCGAUGCGGCAGAUGCCUUGGAAACAUCAGUUGGUGAUGUACAGGACAUUUGGCGGGGAGCGGUCGGAGGCGUGCCUGUGUCGGAGCGGAGCGCGAUCGCCGCGGAGUGCGUGGUAGGGGAAAAGAAGAAGGAUGCAGCCGCACAUAUUCAGCUGGUGAAGGGCAUGCCGCGGGUCAACGAAAGGCUGCUUCGAACGCACCUCAGCCACCUUGUGGACAGCACAUACGAUGUGGAGUCGGAUUCUAUGCGGCCCUACGGAUGGAAGAGAGAGGAGCAGAAGGAAGAGGGAGCCAUGGCGGUAGAAGUGGAGGCUGUUUGCUGA